AAGAUCGAAAUUCGAAACGUAGUGCGCGCGCUGUCAGCGAGCGCUUUUACGUCGUUGAAGUUUGCGUCUUUGCCUGUUCUGUUUUGCUUGUUGCACUCCGCGUGUUGAAUGUUCCAGUGUGGGGUUAUAAAUAGUACUUUCAAAGUUGGAGAACGCGAGCUCAUCGUCCACAUUUAGAUAUUUUGGAAGAGAACUCGCGCUAAUUAUAAACGUGAUGUAGAUCGGCUGCCGCCGUUGUGGGAUUCAUCUAAGGCUGCUUGCGUUCAGUGGAGCGGCAACUACUGCGCUUUGUGAUCGCUGAUUGUUAGUGUAUUGUGAUAAUGGGUGAUAUAUCGGAGCCAAUAAAGAAAUGCAUACUCAUUCUCAAGUCGGCGAAGAGCGACACGGAAAAGUUUGCCGCACUGUUUAUGGUGACAAAACUAGUGAAAAGCAAGGAUUGUAACUCUCAAGCUAAAAAAGCUUUAUUUGAAGCCAUUGGAUUUAAAUUUUUAAAGAAACUCCUAACAAGCAAUAAUGUACAAGAUGAUUGUCCGCCAUCUGUGUACAAGUCGGUGGCACUCUCCAUCCUCACAUGUUUCUGCAAUGAUCAAGAGUUGUCUGCACAUCCAGAAAUGCUUGCCAAUAUACCAGUAUUCCUUGAUAUUGUUCAAACUUCAGACAAUGAUGACUAUGAUGAUAAUUUAAUAAUUAUCAGUGAAGCAUACACUUGCCUACAAUGCAUAGCAGAACAUGAAGCUGGUCAGAAAGCACUGAUUGAAGUAGGUGCAAUCAAAAAAAUGUCAGAGAUUUAUUCACACCAAAGUUUUCAAACAGAUGAGGCUCUUAAUAUUCUUGUAAAAUUAGUGAGCCGAUAUGGUCCAGCAGCAUGGGGAAGUGACCCUACACCAUUUCAUUCAUUGGUCAACAAAAUAGCAUUAGACUUUGCUACAGAUCAGUCAGAGAGGAAAUUUGAAUUAGCUACUAUUCUAAGUGCACUUCUAUAUAGCUGUAAUAAAACAACGGUUGUGCCAGGGUCUUCAGAGGAAACAUGGCCACAAAGUAUCUACAAAGCUCUUCAUGAUAUUCUUACUAGUAAAAUAGGGAAAAACCAAAGAGAUCCAGCACUUAAAUUAGCUGCUAACAUUGUUGAUCUUCUUGGAAUUGAGUGGACCCUGAAUGAUGAAGAAAACCCAAAGAAAUUUUUCCUUUUGCUUCUUCAAUUAAGCGCCAUUGAGGUUAGAAUGCAGCUAGAAGACAGAAGUUUUAAACAAGCCUUUGCUAAUGCAGAUUUAAUUACUUCUUGUUUUAUAGUAUUAGAAUUAUCUGUCAACUAUAUGGCUACUGACCAGUUAGAUCUAGAACAGAAAGAGAAACAGUCAGUGUACACCAGCCUUAAAGGUGCUUUCAAUGCUGUUGUUUCAAUCUUAACUAAAAUAUGUAAUGACAAGAAUAGAGAUAAAUUACCUGAUAAUGAGAAAGUAUUUGUUUGUGCCAUGGUCAGAGUUCUAGUUUCAUGGAUUGCUCAAGAAACAACUGCUAUGAGGGAGCAAAUAUAUGCAUUGCUCCCAUUCAUAUUCUCACUUGCUAAUGAUUCCUUCCAUGCCUAUCGAGCCAGAAAAUUAGCAGAAAAAAAUAAAUCUGAUGGAGAGGGCAUGGAUAUAGAUACAAGCCUCAUGGGCCAAGUAGAUUUACUCCGCCUGAUGUUACCUGCUCUAUGUCAUUUGGUUGUUGAAGAUAAAGCUAGAGACAUAGUAUUGAACUUGAAAGAAGAAGACAUUCUAUAUGAAUCAAUGAAUUUCCAUUGGUCAAUUGUACAUUACAAAAAGCCCCCAAUACCAAAGUCAGAAAGGGGUAAAGUUAAAACACAACCUGAACCAGAGCUGGAUCCCAAAUUAUUGGAGGAUAUGAAGGACUCCAGAGCUGCUAUGGUCAGCCUUUGUAACAUAUUUAUGAAUCUAACAGUAUUAGCUCCAAAGGUAGUUGAAAACAGUAUAUUAUUUAAUACUUUAUUGAAAUUUAUAUUUAAUAAUUUACCGGAACUGAAAAACAUCCCAGAGAACCUUGUACUUCAUGGACAUUUAGCUGUUUUAGGCUUAUUAUUACUGAAACAACAAGCAAGUAAAGUAAAGAAAAAUGAUUUCUCAAUAUGCAGAUAUAUCCAAUCGAUCAUAAGAUUCCUGUGGGAUGCAUACAAUGUGGAUGAAUCAAAUGACCCUACUGCAUUAGUUGUUUCAAUGACAUAUAAAGAACACUGGAAUGAAAUAGCAGAUCUGUGGUUCUUAGGUAUGCAAACAAUGAGUGGUGUUUUAACCAUUGUGCCAUGGAUAUCAGAGUUUGCUAUAGAGAGUGGCUGGGCAGAAGGCAUUGCUGAAAUGUUAGCUAAAGUUAAAGUUGGUACACUUCCACCCAAUGUAAAAUCUGCUUUUGAGGACUUUCUAUGUAGAUUAGUGGACUCUAAUGAGGCAGUCAUACCAGUAUUGAAAAAGGGUGGAGCGCUUAAGAUGUGCAGAAGUCAUAGAAUGAUGGAUUUGGGCAAGAAAUUAUUUGGAGAUUAAACUUAAUUAUGCAUACCUGCUUAAACACUUCAUUUUACAUUUUUAUAAUAAAACAAAUAAUACCUACUUAUUAUCAAUAUGGUAUAAUAACAUCUCAAAACAUGAAUUAGAUAAUUGUAAAUAAAAGUAUGUAUGUACCUCAGUACUCUUAACAAUGCCAAGUGCAACCUAGUCAAAAAAAUCAACUAGGGUAUAAGGUAAGUUUUAUUUGCCAGUAUCUAAUUCCUGAAAGAAAACUGGAUAUAUCAUAUUGAUAAUGUGUACUAAACAUAGGUGAAAAAUAACUAAAAUAUGUACUUAUUGGUUUGAUAAUUUGUUUUUCAUUGUGUAUUAACCUACAUUUUCUACAUGUAAAUAAAAUAAUUAAAUAUUGACCUACAUUGUGUUUAAAACAUUUGAAAUAUAUAUUUAUCUUGACACAA